AGACAAAUUAAUCGUGUGUUUAGGGAAAGAAGUGCAUGUAUAUUUUUGUUGGCAACCGUAUGUUCUUACAUCUUAAUAAUAUUCGCAUGAAUUCAACAAUAUGGCACCGGGUAAUCAUUUUCACGAUUAACGAUUCGAUGACGUUGGUCGAAUUGUUGGUAAUAAAUACGCAUUAAGUCAAGAAACGUACAUACAUAAUCUAACGUAAACGAAAAUGAUAGAUGCAUUGCAUUUAUUAUAACAAAUAUAUUCAUUAAGUGAGUGAAUCGUUUGGAUAUACAUAACAUUUCUAACCUCACUCUAAGCAAUUCGAUUUUGGCUUUUACCAGCAUUUCUGUUUCCGGAUAUAACGGAAUUUACAAAACAUUUCAUCAUGGUUAAUGUCAAUCCACGAGUAUUCUUUGAUGUAGAGGUGGGAGGACUCCCAAUGGGUCGCAUAGUGUUUGAACUUUUUGCUGAUAUUUGCCCAAUAACCUGUGAAAAUUUUCGUUCUUUAUGUACUGGAGAGCAAGGACUUGGGAAAACAACUGGCAAAUCUUUGCAUUAUAAAGGAAUUGUUUUUCAUAGAGUAGUUAAAGAUUUUAUGAUUCAGGGUGGUGAUUUUUCAGUAGGAAAUGGAACAGGGGGCGAGUCAAUUUAUGGAGGAACAUUUGCAGAUGAAAAUUUUAUUAUAAAACAUAAUAAACCAUAUUUACUAUCAAUGGCAAAUCGUGGCAGAGACACAAAUGGUUCACAGUUUUUCAUUACAACACAACCAGCGCCUCAUCUCGACAAUGUCCAUGUGGUUUUUGGAGAAGUAGUGUCUGGCCAGGAAAUUGUUACACAUAUUGAGGGACUUCCAGUAGAUCGUAUGUCCCGUCCGUUACAAGAUGCUAAGGUUGUAAAUUGUGGAGAACUUGUAUUGAAGGUCAAAAGUAAAGUAAAGAAACGCGAAACGAAAGAUAGUAGUUCUUCCGAUUCCGAUUCUGAUUCGUAUGCAGGAAAAUCUAAAAAGAAAAAGAAGGUCAAAAAAAGUAAAAAACGAGCAAAAUCAGAAGACGGCGAAAUUCAUGACUCAAACGAAGACGAUCUUGGGAAACCUCAUCCGCUUGUUUCAGUUACAAAAAUCGAUCCGGAUGAAAUUCCGGAAGUACCAGCAAAUAAAUUUUUAUAUAGAGCAGGGCCUACUAAUAAUGCAAACCAAAAAGAAUUUAGGCAACAUUACGGAAGGGACCGGGUACGAUCAAAUAGAAAGACUGGUCGUGUAUUUAAAGGAAGAGGAAUAUUUCGUUAUCAUACACCUUCGCGUAGCCGUUCCAGAAGCGUAACACCACCUCAUUGGAAGCAAGCUCAAAAUCGAACUAUUAAAUUGCACGAAUUUCAGAAAUUAGAAAAGGAACGUUUAAAGAAAGAAGAAGAAUUAAAGAAACGCGAGGCUGAUAGGAUUAAAAAGUUUACUGAGAAUCCGGAUGAAGAUAAUCCAAUAAUGGAUAAAUUCGAUACCGAUACACGUGUAUCGGAAGAACUGGAAAAUAAAGAAAACGAUCAGUCUGAUGAUAAGAAGGAUGAGAAUAAAAAUGUGGAACCGGACCAAGAUAAUUUGAAUACUAGUUCAGAUAUAAAUGAUGCUAUGUCAAAGGACAAAGUAGAUGGAAAACAUAAAAUUGAAAAAACAAUAAAACGUGAUUCACAUCGAUCGUACGGUGAUAGAUCGUCGCGACGCGACUCCCGAGAUAGGAGUAGAAGACGUGGAAGUGGUCGUUCGAGAUCGCGGGACCGUAGAAGAUCUCGAGACAGGGAUUACGAUCGUAGGAAUACUAGUCGUGAUAGAAGAAAUAGAAGGAACUAUUAUCCACGCAGGAGAGACUCAUAUAGAAUGAUGAGACCCGGCAGGGAUAAUUACAGAUAUUAUGACAGGCGUAAUGAUUAUAGAAGAGCGAACAAUUCUAAUUCCAAUUACGACGCAGACAAAAAUCGAAGAAAGAGUGAUAAUGCAUCUGACUCUAACAAUCAACCCAAGUUCAAGCGCCGCUCACGAUCAUCUAGCUCUAGUAGUCAACACUCCAAAGACUAAGUAUUUUGUUCCCUAUUAUUUGUCUGCAUAACACUGGAAAAUAUAAUUCAUGUAGCAAGAUACGUUUAUUACAUUACAUUUGUACAUUUUUUAUCUGAAUUUGUUUAAUCCCGGUAUAUUUUCAUUUGUAUACAAGGGAAUCAUAACCUCAUAUUUAUCGCGCAUUAAAUAAUAUUAAUACGGAUGUUCAAGUACAUAAUUCUCUGAAUGUUAUGCAGAACUUUUAAACAUAAAGUCCAAAGUGUUUGAAUGAACAGUAAAUGUGUCUUUUAACUGUAUAGCAUGAUACUGUAAAUUAAAAAUACUUUGACAGUAAGUUAUAAAUAUAUGAGUUACAUUUCAAAAUUUCCUGUACGAGUGAUUACCUUAAACACGUUCAACCUCUGUAAACAAAUUUAUGAAAAAUUGAAAAACGCGAAGAAGAAUAUGUUUUAUUGUAAUUAUACAAUUAUACUCUUGUAAAAUUCAUGUAAAGUGGUAAAUCGUACCUAAGUAUCCAAUAGAGCUGUAUCCAGUAGAGCAAUAGCUCUACUAAUCAUUUUUAUUAACGUGUUAUGUAAUCGUUAUUCAAAAUAAAACACGCACCAUAAUGAACAUUCAUAAAA